UCGCCAUGGCGAGGCGAUGCUGAUGCAGCCGCUGGUACGCAAGCAAGGAGAGGAGGAGACAUGAGCGUAUCCGAGGGCCCUCGAGGCUUCUAGGGGACGUCAUCGGGCAUAAAAGCUGUGUUAUCUUCCAGCCCUGCACGCGCAGAAAUCAUCGCAAGCAGUUUGACAGUCAUCGGUUGAAGUGAGCAGAUAAACAUCAUGAGCUGGGAUUUUUGCAGCCCAUCAAAGAAUUCAUUCGGGAAUAUCUGUGAGCCAAGGAGAACUCAGUCCGUCAAACAAGUGCUGCUGUCCAUAUGUAUCCUACCCAACAUAUCUGCAGACCCUUAUUGAUGACGAUUCUUGGAACAUGAAUUGUCUUUGCUCCUCUGAAGCAAACGUUGAGCAGAAGAGGCGGUGCCGGAAGCGAAGACGAUGAAUGCCUCUCUUGCCAGCACAAAACAGCCGGCGGGUCAAGGAAAGCGAGGGGGGGUCGGCAUCGUAUGUUGCCACGAGGAUCUGAGUGGUGCCUUGCGAGUCAUCGCUUGUGUCAAGGGCUCUCCCGCAGAGCGAUCGAAGAAGAUCUUUCCCGGCAUGGCUCUGGUCAAGAUCGACGAGGAGCCGGUUGAGGGGAAGUCGAUGGAGCGAAUCGGAAUCCUUAUGGGAGGCACCAUCGGCAGCAGCGUCAGGCUCACCCUGCUGCAACCCGACAAGCACCCAGUCUCCGUCACUUUGCAACGAGCGCCGUGUUGAGGCUCGAGCCGCGAAGUGAAAGGAUAGUCAGAUAAUGAGAGCGACAUUGCAAUAAGACUCUAGCACUAGUGACUCUAGGAUGUGCCGUAUGCGUCCUCGUCCUCGUCCCUUGCUCGCGUCUUCCAUCACUGGUGCCUUUCUUGGAUAGGAAGGGGGAGGGGGCUACCUCGCUUGGACGAGAGUCCGGCAAUACAGAAAUAAAAUUGAAGAUUU